AUGCAACUGUCGCCGGCUGUUACGACCCUGAGCCGUUGUUUCUGUUCUUCAGACGUCGGCAUUCAGGAGUGUCGCACAACUUUGUAUUGUUCCUGUCCUGCGGUGAUGAUAUGGAAUUUGUCAUCGUCACCCGACGCCGGCCUUCGAAUCGGGUUGUUCUCGCCCGUCGACCGAAGCGAAGGUCUCCCUAUCAAAUAGUUGUCCUCCCGGCGGACUUCCCCGUGCGCGUUGCGAUGGUCACGGCGGAUUGAAUCGUCCUGGUUUUUUUACUUUCCAGAGCCGACAUGAUCCUUCCCCAAUACACUCCAAGAGAGAGAGAGAGAGAGAGGAUGGGCACGCGACUUUUUGAUGAAAAUUUUAACGGAUUGAUAAUUUUAAUUUAUGACGGAGUGCGACUCUUUCUCUAAUUCUUUUAUCCGCUACUUUCGCAAAAAAAUGUCAUUUUGAAAACAAGGUCAGAAGCAUCCUCCUGCGGACUGCGCGCUCCCACCUCCCGCCAUGCUAUCGCUUCACCAAUGUUGCGGGAGCCGCCACUCCGCACCCGCCGCUCGCCGACGGCUGCUGGACAACCGGCGACGUCUGUGCCGCUGGGUAAGGGUUGGGGUUCUAUACGUGACCUUAAAUGAUGAUGCUCCACUCCGAUCCGAAUCCCUGAUCGGGGUUGCGUUUUCUUCAUCCCCGCCGACCAAAUUGGCAAGGUUUACCCCAAGAUGGGGGAGGACAUGCCAAUCUCGCUGCUGUCUUCCAGACUCCGGCUGCGGCCCAACGGUGGAGGAUACGGGAGCAGGGCUAGACCACAGCGGAAGGCACAGAGAGCCCAUGCGGCGGGUGUUGCUGGUGGAGAGAUACGAGAAUGGCGCCGCCAAGAGGUAGUAGUCCCCUCGGUGGCUAAUUGGUGAUGUAACUACGCGGAGUGCAGAGAGCAUGGGUCUUCAAUUCCUCUGUAGCUGUCAGUGACACAACGCUGGUAGCCUCGUAGGUAUACGUUGGACUGUGAUUCGCGUCUGCAUACUUCUUGGGCGACAGGUGGAUUCCCCGAGGAUACGAGAGAAGGACGAAGACCCUCUACGGAAUUGUCUUGGCUCCCGGACUCCCUCAGGAGCUUCAUCCUGCCUGAAGGGUUUCCUGGUGAGAACUCCUCAUCAUUUCUCUGGAGAAGCGGAAAUAUGAAGACAGCGCUGUCGAUGGUUUUCGCAUGAUUUAUAUCGUUAGAAUAAUUACCGCAGGAUGCAGACCAUUUUCGGAAACGCAACAUUUUCGGCAUCCAUCUCUAUUUUUGUCGGUUAAUGCUGUUUCCACGUUUGAAAGUGCAAAUGGACUUUUGGUCAUGCCUCCCAUUUUGGUGUAAACUUCAGGAUCGGUGUCGGAUGAUUACUUGGAGUAUAUGCUGUUGCAGUUCCCUACAAAUGUAACUGGAUGGGUUUGUCACACGUUGGUGACGUCCAGUCUACUUAAGGUACGCCAUUCUGCCGAGGAUUCUGGUCUAUCAAGUUUAAAUUAAUUUCUUGGUCCCUUUCCACGAGAAUAAGCAAGCAGGAGUUGAUAUCUCCGCAUUACAAAGCUUUCUAAACAAAAAAAAAAAUUCUUACCAUUUGAUUUCGGAGUAUUGAGUUGCCAAUUAAUCGAGGUUGGCUUUGUGAUGCGUAUUGUUAUCAUCACGAUUGUUGUCUUGAAUAAAAGAAUUACUAGCAGCAGAGCAUGAUAGUAUCGUGUUGCUUCAGACUGCGAGUAGAGUAAAGCACUAAUUUAUCAACUCAUCAGACCUGCAUUGCAAGAACGAAUUUUGGCAGGUUGAAAGUCAACUGAGCAUUUUAGGUAUAUGGUGUAUGCUAUUUAUAUAGUCUUUUGACAUAGCGAUGUCAGCUGAAGGCAUCUUUUGCUGUCCCAUGGAAGUAACUAGAACGUUAUUCUCUUCGAACUCAGAUCUUGAACUAAUGGCAGGCAUUUAUUCUUUUCGACUUAUUGUUGCUGUCCAUGAUUCUGGAGAUCAACAGGAUGUAGAUGCUUCGUAUGGGAUAGUCUUAUAUUUGUUUUAGCUGAAUCCAAUUUGUGAGAUCUUUAUCAAAAAUUGACUGCAAAAUGCUACCAGCCUUCAAAAAGGAAAAAAAAUGCGUUGAAGACCAAUUAUUCCAAAGGUUGUGUUUAUUUACUAUUUCAUUUAAGGGGACUCUGAACUUUAUUGUGGAACUCUUGAAUAGCAUUAAUCUGUACGAUUUCCAAUUUCUUUGCCAUUUAGAUUUUUUUUUUAAUUCAUCUUAAGAUAUAGCGCAUCUAAAAAACUUUUUAUUGAUCUUUAUGCAUGAUAACGUCACAGGCUGUGGGUGUCGGAUCCUUUUCUGGAUCAGCUGCUGCUGCUUCUGCCGCAGUAAUUAGGUGAUUUGCUAUUUUGCUGACUGGGAAGGGGAACAGGGAACUUUUUUUUCUUUUUUUUUGGUACUAUCGUUGCUCUAUUUUUAUGGUGACUAACCGCAGCUAAAAUUAUAAUCAUUUAUCUCUUAAUGUUUGUCAAUGCUUUUAAUUUUUUUCCUAUGAACUCUUUUCAGAUGGGUAUCAAAGGAUGGCCUUGGGGCUGUUGGGCGUCUAUUUGUUGGUCUGGAAUAUGUUCGUUAGUUCAUUCAAUGAUUAGUUUUCAAUUUCUAGUUUGUAACUACAAAACGCUUCCCAGGUGGACGUUUCGGGAAGAUUUUUGAUGAUGAUCCGAAGUUAUGGCGUAUGUAUGCUGAUUUUAUUGGCAGUGCUGGAAGGUCCGGCAUGCAACUUAUCAGGAAGCCAUACCUGUUUGCUCAAAAUUCUAUACUUUGUAUCUGAUUAAUCUUGUAUACAGCAUAUUUGACCUGUCUACACAACUUUGUCCAUCAUACUUUCUUCUACUUGCUUCCCUGGGAAAUCUUUCCAAGGUAUCUGGAGGCUGUCUUUUUUCUUUUAGUCGGCUUGUUGUUUUCACGGGUGAUUUCUGUAUGUCUGGAUCAUUACAGGCUGUAGCUAGAGGACUGAAAGAUCCGUCAUUUCGUGUGAUUCAAACUCAUUUUGCAAUUUCUGGUAACCUUGGAGAGAUUUCAGCAAAGGUAUGCAUAAUUAUGAUGCAUUCGAUUUUCGAUUUACUGAAAUGACCCAUCCAUCCAAUUCGCCUCAACACCUUUCCCCCCACCCUCUGCAUCUCUGGAGCCCAUGCCAUUGAAAGGAGGGAAAAAAAAUACAAAUCAUUUCAGCAUCAACAUUAGUUACAGAAUAAAAUAGGUGCCCACGAGCAGCAGGUGUGAUGCGUUUAUAAUGGAUGUGAAAUCGAGGAGGAAAUAGGAUUUCAUUUUCUCACUUUCUUCUCUCCUUUCUUCUUUGCUUUCUUUCGGCAAGGUGAAAGGGUCUUCGCCUGGAUUCUGAGAUUCCUAACUUGGGUGACCAGUUCAAGUUGGCCAACCUUUGGUUUCAUCGUAUUCACCUUGCGGGCAUAGACCUAGGUCAAACUCCUGAAUUCAGAAAUUACAUUAAAGGGUAAUCAUUUAAUGUAAUAUUACGUGUUUGAUCUUAGUUUUAAAUCUGAAGUCUUGUUCAAUUUUAAAUCAUUAAAGACUUUUCCAAAACCUCUGAGAAUUUUUAUUCUUCAGUGACAUUUCCUCGUAAACUUGCUGUUAAGUCUAUAAAAUAUUUGUCAUUUGGGUUAUAGUUCAACAGAGAGUUUAUUCUCUUUCUUAGGUCAAAGUGGUAUUGUCAUGUUUGAGAGAAAUUAUUCUUUUUCAUGCCAUUUAUCUACUGGGUUUAUUCCCUCUCCGCACACCCCCCUCCCCCAGGGCACCCAAACACAAACAGACGCCAUCCAGUAUGUAAUGCUACUACUUCAUUCCGUCCAUUCUUUAGGCUGUCUUGCGGCCUAGAUGCCAUAUCAAUGGUUUAUCCUGUAACAAAAGUUUUGUACUUGGAAAGAAGAUGCAUCAAAUAAAUAAUAUAUAAUUCUCGAUUGAAGAAUUGUUUUGACUUAUUCUCUACUUACGUUUGCCAUUGACUUACACAGUUAGUUUCUUUUUUUGCCUGCUGGUUCAUUCCUUACGGGGGCCUACAUCUUUAAAAUGUGCUAGGAAGAAGUAUGGGAGGUAGCAGCUCAGCUUCUUGGCCUUGGUAUAGGAAUAUUGAUCCUGGUAAUGUAUAUGAUAAGUUAUUGUUGAGGUAUCUUUGAACUGCCUCUCGAGUUAUAUCUCCUAUAUAUCUUGGGACAUCACAAAUGCUUAAAACCGAAAUGCAGGAUACAAGUCGGCUGCAAACAUCAUACUCUACGCUAGCAUUAACAUGGUUAAGCAUACGUUUGCUGCACCUUGUUUUACGCUAUCAGUCACUUUCUGCUCUCAGAUUUUCUACAGUAAGUAAUAUCGACUAUUUAAAGCAAUCCAAUCCAUUUAUUUGCUAUCUUUACUGAAGUUCUGUUGCAUUUCAGUCCUAGAUAAAAUGUGGAAGAUAAUGUAGGGUAUGCCUCUGUUUACAUUGUAUUCGUUUUAUUUAUCGGUAAAAAAAUGUAUUUAUCUAGUACUCAUACCUCAGGGUGAGAAAAUAAUUAUAUUUUAAAAAUUAACCAAAAAAAUCCCCUUCAAAUAUUUAAAUAAGAUUCUUUCGAAUUUUUUUCUAAACAAAAAUGAGCUUUCUGUUGCUUUCCAAAAAAGUAAUUAUGUCUAGGUAUGUACAUUGAUUCUUUGCCUCUCUUUUGGAUUGUCAUCGUCAUAAUUUUUAUUAUGACUGUUAAUAGCUUCAUCCUGUGCACGAUUUCUUGUUGAUAGGACUGGUGAACUUUUUCAAACUCCCGAUUACAUUGUAGAAGAAGACACUACGCAUUUCCUACUUUGAAACACUCCGUGAAUCUUAGAGAUAGUUAAAGAGGAAUAGUAAAGGUGUUUUUCAUAUUACGUAUCAGGCUCUCUGCCUUAUAGUCGUCUAAAGUUGUUCAGUUUUUCUAUUGAGGUCUGAUUGUCUUUCCUUUGCUUACAAACUCACAUGGUAGCGAAUGCUUUACUGUAAAACAUAUAGCUCUUCUCUCUUCUUACUCUUUGAUGGUAUUGAUUUGGUUUCUGGAAGUUGUCUUUUUUUUUUCACUUUAUAUCUUUCUCCUCUCUCUCUCUUCUCUCAUAAAAAAACGCUCUCACACUCACAUGACUUCCACACACAAUCUCACUUUCUCUGUUUGGUAGAUUAAUUUAAAGCGUGCACGGGUACUUGUGAAGUCACACGUUUCAAACAGAACAGUUCCUGGUACAACCACUAUUCAUAACAUCAUUUGAAAUAUUAUCCUCCUUCCACAUAUUUUAACAAUUAUUAUCUAUUGACACAGGUUCUGCGGUUUGCAACAGAGAAGAAGAUAUUUUGUCAUGGGAACGAUUUUUAAGACCGCGUAUUGUUUUUGGUGUAUCAUUCGAGCAAACAAUCAGUUGGGAUAAUUCAAGUCAGACGGUAUCCUUUGCUUCAACUGAAUCUUGGACUAGCUACAGUUUAUGAAUUUUUAGUAGCCACGAUAAUUCCUUUACAUGGUUCGCACUCCAGCUCACAUAUUCAUCUUGGUAUUGCCCUGCCCCAAUUUGCUUGCUUCUUCUAUAUACUCUGUUGCGAAAUGGUUUCAAGGAAAAUCACCUGCUGUCCUCCUCCCCAACCCCUCGUAAGACAGAGAUACAUGGAUUGUUCAAGUCAGUCCUAGGAUAGAUAUAGGCUGGAUAUGCCCUUGGUUUCUAAUGCUUUUGUCCUCAACAAACGACAAGUCUAAGGAGCACAAUUGAAAUUCUUCCAACUUAUUAAAUUCUUGAAUGGAAAUCGAUGUUAAGACCUGUGAGAGUCUCCUUCAGAGUGAUACCCGAUCAUGUGCUCAUUUUCAAACGUGUUUCCUGCAAGAGUUUGCAAAGUCUCUACUUGUGUUAGGUGUCACAGCGAUAGCAUCUUUCUAUGGUAGUGUUUUCCAUACGGUAUGCGUGCAGGUGGCAGAUAAUAGAAAUGGUGGUUUUUCCUCAUUCCUGGAUAAUAAAAGAUAUCAACGGCUUCUGUCAUUGUCAUUUUUUAUAAUGGUUUUUUAAAUCAAAAUGAAUUUUUUCGUUCAAAUUUGAACGAUAUUUUCAUUAUUUACUCUCCUUUUCCUCGUAAGAUUCACAUAAUGGCAAGUGGUAGGUCUUAAACCUUCAUGGUUGUAUUAACUGAAGUUAUAUUCUAGGUUGUAUUUGGGGGGAUUGUUUCCAUACUAUUAAAAUUGGAUUAUCUUAUUAACUGACGGACCUUCUUCCUGCCCGUUAAAUGAUGCACUGCCCUUUAAGAGGGUAUAGCUGAUGAAUGCCUAAAUUUGCAGCUCGCAGAACUAUGAUAUGUUUCUCUCUGAGAAAUGCAAAUGCUGGUUUUCUCUAGGCUCCUGAACCUUUUCUCAUGACCCAUAUGUAAUGUUGCUGAAUUUGCAUUAUUUGCCUAAAGUUUAUAUCUUGAUCGUCAAGAAAACUGUUUAGGAACCUUAUGUUUUGCCCUCGCAUAUCCCUGUUUCAUAUGUGAAUAUGGGCCGUAGAAAGUAACGAAAGGUACCGUAAAUUCCGCCAAUUGAAGUUUUCUAAAUGUGUUUCUGUAUGUUUGGGCGUAUUCUUGAAAUAAAUAGGUUGAAGCUGUUCUCAAACUGUAUUCCAAGGAGAGCUACAUUCUCUUUGUUAACAAUGAACAACCAGAACCAAAAUUUCUUGUCUGCUUGAAGGUUGACACCUGACCCUCUAUAUCUUCUGGUUAAGGACUAUGAUGUCCCCAAACUUUGACUGGAUUUUUAUCUCAAUGCCGAUCAUUGCAGAUAGGAGCAACAGGGUUGACACUCGUGAGAAGUUUAUGGCAGGCAUACUGGCUGGAUUCCAACUGGAAUAGUGGUUCAGAUUGCCUUUUGGGAAAGCUGGAGGAAAGCCUCGUGGAACUGGAAGCAGACUUUGAUGACUUUCUUAUGAAGAUGAAGAGAUCCGGAUGGGACGACGACGCCAUCAAUAUCAAGGUGCCCAAGGGGCCCCAGCUGGAAGAGGCAUCAGAGACACUUGAUUCGGGAUGGCGGUCAUAA